UCACCGGGACGAAAUCUUUCCCAAGCGGGGCAUCUCUCCCUGACGCCCCGGGGCGGAUCAAGUCACUCCCUGCUGCAAACUUCCCCGGAUCGUCUCCCGCGCACCAGAGAGAGACGGGCAGAGAUUGGGUCGGGGAUUCUCGUCGCGGCAGCAUGUUUCAGCCCACACCCAAGCGGUGUUUCACCAUCGAGUCGCUGGUGGCCAAAGACAGCCCCUUGCCCGCGUCUCGCUCCGAGGAUCCUAUCCGGCCGGCGGCGCUCAGCUAUGCCAAUUCCAGCCCGAUGAACCCUUUUCUCAACGGCUUCCACUCCACUGGCAGGGGGGUCUACUCCAACCCGGACUUGGUUUUUGCAGAGGCCGUCUCCCACCCGCCUAACCCGGCCGUGCCGGUCCAUCCCGUGCCCCCUCCUCACGCCCUGGCCGCCCACCCGCUGCCUGCUUCGCACUCCACGCACCCGCUCUUCGCCUCGCAGCAAAGGGACCCCUCCACCUUCUACCCGUGGCUAAUACACCGCUACCGGUAUCUGGGCCACAGGUUUCAAGGGAAUGAAACCAGCCCGGAGAGCUUUCUAUUGCACAAUGCACUGGCCAGGAAACCCAAACGGAUCCGUACAGCUUUCUCCCCAUCCCAAUUACUGAGACUGGAACAUGCCUUUGAGAAGAACCAUUAUGUAGUAGGAGCGGAGAGAAAACAGCUGGCACACAGCCUCAGCCUCACAGAAACUCAGGUAAGGGGGAAACAUGGAACGGACAGUUGGGAAAGUGAAAGUACCGACAUCUCCUUUGGAAAACCCACCCGGCAGGGCCGAAAUUCGAGCAAAAACUACGGGCAAAUUCUAGGGGUGUUUAGGCCUUCGGUCCCGAGCCGGUGGAGCGAGAGAGGGGCCCCCCCUCGCCUGGAUGUUGUAAAAUCCUUUCCCGUUCACGAUUCCACCGCUUGA